AUCAUAAAUUUUUGAUCUGUUUAUGUGCUUAUUCAAAGUCAUUAUUUUUUGAACUCCUUAUAUGUAUGUCUCAAUAUGCUAAUUACUAUAAUGCAUUAAUGAUCUAUACAGCUUCCGCCUCUAAUGAUGCCAUUAAAAAGGUUGUACGAGGCAAAUAUAAAUGUUUGAAUUUAGAUUUGAAAACCAAAGGUGGAAAAUUAGAAAUUGUAAUGCCUGAUGACAUUCAAAGAGCUGUUGGGAAAAAUUCAAGAGAUGUUGUCAAUUUUUGUGGUUAUAUUGUUAGAAGCAUGGCACCUUUGUUUGUGGAGAAAGAGGGAAAAUGAUGGAUGCCAAGUGGGAGGACAUUGUAGGGACCAUAGGGGAACUAAUGUGGACCCAAGUGAAGGAGAAGUUUAUAGUGGCUGAAGGCAAGCAAUACAAAUUUCAAGCAUUUGUUAUAGAUACCAUGCGACGCUUGUAUAGAAUUUGGAAGCACAGAUUACAUGAUACUUAUAAAAGGUUUCAGACAGAUGAAGAAAGGCUGGAAAAUGUUCCUAGUGAUGUAAAGAGCGAAGAUUGGAAGCUUUUGUACGAGUACUUCAGAUCAGAGAAGUUUCAGAAAAUUAGCCAAAGAAAUACAGCAAAUAGAGCUAAGCUUGUGACUAAACAUACUUGUGGUACAAGAUCAUUCGCCGAAGUUGAGGAGUCAAUGAGAGAUCCGAUCUCUGGAAAAAGGCCACCACCAGAUGCGAUUUGGCUUAGACAACAUAUGAAGAAAAGUAAAGAAGGGGAAUUACAGUGGUCUGAUCCAAUCUCCAAAGAAGUCCAUGAAAAACUUCAUGAUCUUGUCGUUCAACAAGAAGAAACACCUCCUGAAUCUCAACUUACAAAUGAUGAGAUGUUGCUGCAAGUUCUUGGUCAAAAAUCUGGUUAUUUUCGAGGUAAAGGUGCUGGAACAAGACCACCAACAAAAAGAACAAGAUAUCUCGAAAAUAUGCAAGAAGAAGUGCAACGGGCUGUUGACUCGGCUAGGGAAUCCAUGAUUGAAAGUUUACGGGCUGAUGUCAGUAACGAACUCAAAGCUGAAAUCAGGAAAACUGUGGAAAUGGAGCUGAAGAAUGAUCUUACGGAGCAAAUUCAAAGCCAAUUUAAUGCUAUGUUCCAAGCACGAAUGGCUGCCUUUUUUGGCUCUUCAUCACAAUCAGAUACUUCAAUGCCGACAAGACCUGCAAACCCUCGUUAAAGAUUGAGAUAGCUAAUGAGUUCCAAUCAAACCAGAUUCAGCUAUACAUUUGGAGCUUAUGAGAAGUUGUUUUUUGUUCUAUAUAUGUUUUAGCUUCUUAAUAGUACUACUUAUUUUCUAACUAGCUAUUAGGUUAACUAUGAUUGUAGUUACAAAUGUUUAUGUUUUAUGGAUAUACAUUUGGAUGUUAAAUAUAUUUUAUGUUUAUUUACCAUUGAUUGAUCA